GCAACUUUAGUUUGUACAUGAACACAAUAGCAUGAAAAUCCAGAAUGAACUGUCAGAGGUUGUGCUCCACGUAGGAAAAUCGCUACUGCCGGACACUUGGAGAUCCUGUUGACUUCGCACCAGAUUGAGGCUGCCUUUGGUGAAAAAGAAAGUUGUACGGCGGAGAUUCCCAGCAUCCGCAGUAGUUUGCUUUUGUUUUAUAGUGAAUAUUAUGCCCUAACCGGACCCAUUCAUAUAUCUCGCCUAAUCAUUUCUUGCUGACAAGGGACAAUUGUGCUCUUCUGAUAUUGGUUGAAAGUCAUCUGAAAAACGAGUGGUCGCUCUGGCUAUGUAGUAAGUUGGGGUCCAGUUGAGGUAUGAAGCCAAAACAAAAUAUGCUGGUUGAGUCCAGUGGACUGUACAAUAAAUGGUGGGGGUGCCACUAGUUUUGUGGGAAUGUAAAGAGAAGCAAAACAAUAUCUCCUGCAGGAGCGAAGAUCUGGGAAUGACAUGGGGAAGGGACAGACACGCGCCAAGCGCCGGGUGUCGCGCCCUGCACUGCGCGUGCUCGCUGCCCAGGGCUAGGGGUGGGGUCAUGUGUGAGGGACCGCCCCCUAAUAUAUUCAUCAGGAGGGCCGGCUCUGAUUGGCCGCCCGCACGCGACAGACGCGCGCCAGACCCAGCACCGACGCCGCUGAUUGGUCAGGAGCACGCGUCGGAGCUGAUUGGUCGAUUUGCGGCAUUGGGGGUGGGUCCGGGGGUUUAUAGAAGCCGCCCUCCUCCCGGCGCCUGUAGAUCCACUCGCUCAGCGCCUGCGCUUCAGUUCCACUCGGCUGAGCUGUCCUGCCAAACACCCCUACGCCCCCCGCCUGCCCGCCCGCCCCCACCCUCCACGCUCGACAUGUCCCACCUUCGGAAACUGGCCGCUGCGCGCUGGCUACUGCAAGAGUCGCCGCCAGAUCCCGGCGAGGUGUCACCCAGUGAUCCAGCCAACGCCGCACGCUUCGCCAGCGCCGAGCCAUGCGCUUGGCUCUCGCCUGCUUUUCCGGCAAGCUGUCCACACUUUCCUCACCCCUACUGCUCACCCGCGGGAAGCAUCGCGCCUCGCUGUCACCAGCAGGUCUCGCAGGGAGCACUGGCCAGCAUCAUCCCCAAACUGCCCCCACAGGCUGCAGUGCAAGCCGGUGAGCUUUGCGGGGUGAAAGGCCAGGCAAAAGCGACAAGCAAGCAAUUGGCGGAGCCACCCAAGCAUCGACGACUCGCCGCAAAUGCACGCGAAAGGAAGAGGAUGCAUGGAUUGAAUCACGCGUUUGAUGAGCUACGGAAUGUCAUUCCAGCUUUUGACAAUGACAAGAAACUUUCCAAAUACGAAACACUGCAGAUGGCGCAGAUCUAUAUAGCAGAAUUGACUGAACUUCUGCAGAAUGUGAGCCAGCAGAACCUAGGUGCUGGCAGUUCGCUAUCCGACUGCCCAAAUGUUAAAGUCGCGACCAAUAAACUCUGUCCUACGAAAUGCUGCAGUUUGCAAACCCCAGUUGGUGCAUGUUCUCCUAACAUCCCUGAUGGCCCUCCAAAGGUUCUUUCCGACAGUACUGGGGACACAAGACCUGCAGCUCAGCGCUUGAAGUUACUGUCUCCUUGCAAAUCGACCAGAAAUGAAAGUAAAGUGACUUCUAGUCGCAGUGAUGGAGAAUCUUCUCCUCACUCUCAUUUCAGCGACUGGGAGGAGGCACAGGCAGAGAGUAUGGCCUACCAACGCUCAGAACACUUGUCAGAUCUCUCACGUGCUCCGAUGGCGCGGAAAGCCAGUUAGGCUGAAACCUCACGAACUUUGACACCAGCUGCAGAGUGUAAAAUCAUUUAUUUUUGUAAAUUUCAAGUGAUGAUUUCAUUCUUGCUCACUCAAUGGUUUGUUGCACUUUAAAAAUACUGCACAGCGAAAUCAUCAGCUGGUACGCAGUAUAGAAAAGCAGAACAAUCCACAACACUUGAAAUAUGUUUUACAAUGUUUUCGCCAAACCCUUUAUUAGGCAGAUUAAGGUCACAUCCUAAAUACUGUUGCAUGUUUUAUAGUAUGACAUGUUAGUCCAGGGUAUAAAAUACGUAGGCUCAGGCACUCAGUCACCAAGUUAUAAGAAGAAUGAAAUGGAUUCGGCAUUUUUUGAAAAGCUUUGUUUCAUGUGAAAUGAAAAUAUAUUUUUUUAAUAAAAUGUGGACUU